UUGCUUUUUUAGUCCCCUUUUCUGAAAAUUAAUGUACUGCAUGCACAUUUAUUUAGUACAAUCAAUGCGUCUCUAUACCCAUGUUCAGAUAUAUAUAUAUAUGUAUAGAGACAUCUUUUCCCUUACUGCAGCAAAGAGGAAGAGAGGCAGUACACAGGCCUUAUUUUCUGCAUGCAAAAUGUGUGUGUUCUUUUAAAAGCCAGUGGUUGGCUGGUUUUCCGGACAUGAUGUGGUUGAAGCUGUCAUCGUAAUGGAAAUUCAUUGCUGUAGCUAUGGUAAAUCGAGUUUUCUGCCUGUGCUGAAUGCAUUAGUCUAAUGAGAUGUUUGCAGCUGGAGAGCUGAGCUGCUGGAGACUUUCCUUUUGCUAGCAGACAGGGAGAAGAUGGCUUUUGCGAGGGUCUGUGUGCAUGCGCUGGCAAUCAUCAGCCCUUCAAAUCAAAACAACAGUGAUCAGUAAGGAGACUGACAGCUGCUCUGCAAAGGCUAAUAGGUUCUGCAUUCUCUACAACUACGUGAGUGAUCAUAUAAAGAGAUGCAGUCUCCAAGAAUACCUGGCAGAAAACGAGGAAGGCCUCCACUUCAUUCAAACCCUUUGAAGAUGGUUGUUCAUAAUCUCUACACUGGUUCAGCUGGAUCCAUUCCCAAUGUAAAAAUUCCAAAGAAAAGAGGCAGAAAGCCAGGUUUUAAGUAUAAGAGGGCUCCUGUACCACUGUUCAACUUACCUGAUGAAGGGUCCAUAGCAAAGUCAAAACGUUGUUUCUCUCUGCAUGCCCUCACAAUAAAUCUUCAAGCAUUGCAUCUUCGGAGUCUGAAGUCUCGUGUUGUUAUGACCCCCUUAGCAAUAUCGCCACCUCGCAGCACUCCAGAGCCAGAUAUUAGCUCUAUUCCUCAGGAUGCAGCUACUGUGCCCAAAUCUGCUGUUCCCCAGGCUCUCACAGUUUGCAUUUACGUGAACAAACAAGCCAACACGGGACCUUAUCUUGAUAGAAAAAAGGUUCAGCAACUGCCUGAUCAUUUCGGGCCAGAGAGGCCUUCUGUCGUUUUACAGCAAGCCGUUCAAGCCUGCAUUGACAGCGCUCAUCAGCAAAAAAGUGUCUUCUCCCUGGUGAAACAAGGCUAUGGAGGGGAAAUGGUAUCAGUUUCUGCAUCAUUUGAGGGCAAGCAGCACCUUCUUAGCCUUCUUGUGGUGAACAGCAUUGGCUAUGUCCUUCGUUUCCUGAAAAAACUUUGCCGUAACCUCAUCUGUGACAACCUGUUCAGCAACCAGCCCUUCAUUCAGUACAGCACUGCAUCAGACAACCCAAAAGAAUAUGACACAGGGAGGAUGGAGUCAGCAGAAACCGUAAUACCAGAAGAUUACUUGGUGGAUCCUGUGAAUACAAAAAGGUAUAACGUCGACCCCUCAGAUUCUGCUUUCAACUAUAUGGGCUCUGUUUAUCCUAUGAGACAGAACUCUGGAGAAGGACGUCUUGGUGGAGCAGGAGGAUCAGCAUCUUGCAACCAUCGCUCUUCUGGGGGGCAAUCAUCUGCAGGUUUAAGACGGCAGGCAUCAAGUCCCACUAGUAACGGAUCUUAUAUGGAGGGGAACAGAAGUGCCUCUAGUCCUUCCCAUGAUAACCAAGAGGCGUGUAGACCAAUGAGCAAAGACCCUUCCAACUGGAGUGUUGAAGAUGUGGUGUGGUUUGUCAAAGAUGCUGAUCCUCAGGCUUUAGGGCCUCAUGUCGACCUCUUUAGAAAGCAUGAAAUUGAUGGCAAUGCGUUGCUGCUACUGAAGAGUGACAUGGUCAUGAAAUAUUUGGGACUAAAACUUGGGCCUGCCCUGAAGCUCUGCUACCACAUUGAUAAACUGAAACAAGCCAAGUUCUGACAGUACCAGUUACUACUAGUGUAGUGCUUUCACAAAAUACAGUAGAUAUUGCCUUAUUUUAAAAAGGCCAUUCUGCCAGAUUUGUGCCACUUUUGUUAGUUAGGCUUCUGUUUUGAAAAAAAACCCAUGAUAUUUCCUUUUUUAUUUAUUGAAAAAAAUUUAUAAUGUAUAACAGCCUUAAAAACAUGGCUGUAUUCCAUUCAUAUAAUUGACCACAUUUAUACAUGCCAUAAAAGCUGGUAAAGUCACCUGAUUUGUUUAAUCUUAUUUUUAACAUGCAGCAUUAAAUACAACUGCUAUAGAUAUCACUUGUGAUAUUUAAUGCAAACGUUACUAGGGCAGCUGCAAAAUUAUUGCUACAUCACUAUAGUAACAACAAAAUGUUUGUCUUUUACAGACAGAGAACAUUUACAGCAAACAGAUUGAUGUGUUUGAUUGAGCUUUUUGCUGAAUUUUUAAGUAUCUUCUAAAGCCAGUACAUUAAAAAGAAGGCUUUCUAUUUUUUGCAAAGCAAAGUAUGAGUAUAAAAAAGUUGUUACAAGUGUUGCUAUUGCGGCUCAGCUUUAUAAAAUGAUAAAAAUGCUUCUGGAAGCUGACUGGGCUACCACAAGUAUGGUAGGCAGUGCAGUACUGAAGAGAAGAGUUUGUUGUUGCUUUUGACCUUGACAGCUACCAUUGAUUUGUAGAAAUGUGUUUUGCCUUAAGACAGUGGUUUCCAAACUAUGGGGCUGGCCUCUCUGGGGGGGGGCAUGGAGCAUUGAUAUGUGGGACCCCUUCUGGAGACCAGUUAUGGUAAGGUGGCCAAAAGCUUAAGGCCAGUUAGGGUGAAAUUGUGGAGGAAAUUAACAUAUUUCCUGAAUACAUGAUGAAAAUUCCAUAGAAGGCCAUAGAAUUACAGAUGCAUCAACUCUGCAUCCAUAAGUGACAGAAACUGAGUUUUAAGAUUUGUUAAAGGGCUAGAUUUGAAAUUAUAAACCAAAGUGGCAACCCUGACACUAGGAACAGAUACCUAAAGAAAUUCAAAGUGAUAACCAAGGGGAUUACAAUUUGUUUGCUUAUAAAUAUUCUAGCAUCACUGAAUUUUCUUUAUAGAAAUGUCUUAAUGUAAACUUCAGUGUUUUAUACAAAAAAAUAAACAUAAAUGAAUUCUCUUUAAAAAUAAAAUUACAAUACUGGAAAUUUUCCUUAAGUUGAGUUCAAAACAGGUGAUUAUAGCUUCCUAAUAAUUUCAAACUGCUUGUCAUUUACGUUUCACCAUAUUAACUGUUUACUGUAAAAAUGUGACAUGUACGCAUAUCUCUGAUUUUGUAUAAUAGCGAGUAUAUAUAUGAGCAGUUCACAGUUCAUGGAAAGCUUAAAAAAGGUUUAUUCCAGACAAGACUCUUCUCUCCAGUAAAAAAAAAAUUCUUGAUUUUAAUACCCCCAUUUUGUGUUGGGAAGUUAAAAUUAGUAUAUACUGUACAAUCUAAGCACAUCUAGUGACGUCUAACUUUCAUUUUUAGUAGAUAGGAUGUAAGCAAAGAGUGAAAAAUUUCCAGACAUAUUUGUUUGCAUAAGUAUCAUGUGCAAAUCAGUUUUACAUUUUUUUUUUAAUCAUAAUAUUUUUAUGUGCAUUUUGCUGGGAUUCGAAUGCCUAUUUUAAUUGCUUUUCUGUUCCCCAUGUCUCUUAGUGACAGACUUUGAAGUGGGCAAAGCUAUAUACAUCCUACAGCCAACUAAACUUGCUGCUAAAGACAGUGUAGAAUGCUCAAAAGAUAAAGGCAGGAAAAUAUACCGUACAUGUAAAGUUUGCUGGGAUAUGAAAGAAAGCUCACACAUUUUCAUAUACAGUUAUGCUCUACAGAUCUGUGUAUCUACAGGAUUACGCAUAUAUUUUAAAGAAUAACUAAAGGUUAGACCACUGAAUGGAGCCAAUGUGUUGUUUGCUCCUCAAUGAGGCAACUCUUUUUUAGGCCAUGCCAGGGUGCAUAUUCCAUACAAAUUGCACUGGUCUGGGAGAAGUUAUUUUGGUGCUGAACCAAUAUGUUUCUCAAGUAUCACUCCUCUGUCCUGGGCAGAAACUUGCACAAAAUAGUACUUUUGUAGUGUUUACUACACUGAGCAUGGGAGCUAGCAAUUAGAAUGGGGAUUUCUUUGCAGUACCAUUUGCAACAACUAUGAGUAUUCAGAAUCAUGCAAAAGUUUAUGUGGCCAAUUAGAAGUUUUUUCAUUGUUGAGGCCCAAUCAGGACAGUCAACAUGAAAAUAUGGUACAGUGUAAUGUGAAUAAGCAAAUCUCUGUUGAGAAAUAAACUAGUACUGCUAACAGGUUGCUGAACAUGUACCUGUAUGUAUUGUAACUGGGGCUUUAUAUAUUUGUGUGUAUAUGUAUACAGUAUAUAUAUAUGUAUAUUGAGCUUUGUUAUAAGUUGAUAUAUGUAUAUGAUAUUGUGUCAUGUCAAUGAAUCUUUUUUUGUUUUAUUUGCCUAUUUUAUAUUGUGUACCCUGAGAAACAGGAGUACAAUUCACAGUUGAGAAUGACAGGCUUACAGUGGUAAUCAGCUAAAAGGCAAAGGGUAAUGCAUCAACCAACGACAACGAUAAUAAAAUCAUGAUGGCUUUAUUUCAGUCCUGUAUUGUCAGAAAACAAUGUGUGUGUGAUAUUUAAUUAUGAGAAGAUGCAGUGUCUAAUGUUGAUGUCUUCCACACAGAUAUACACUGCCCAAUGACCCUUUGAUCUCAGAUCAUCAUACUGCAAGCACUUGCAAAUAGUUUGACGCAAAAUAGGUUAGUCUGCUAAAAAUCCUUCUAGAUUGCCCAAUUUAAUCUAUAAUAAUCCAGCCCCCAUUAAACUGUAUGGGUCUGAUUUAUCAUGCUGUGUAAAACAUUGGAGAAAAACAUCACCGGUGAUGUCGCCCAUAGCAACCAAUCAGAUCUUUGCUUUUGUUUUCUAGAUGA